AUGGGAAACAUCAACAAGGCGUCUAAAAAGAACAGUAAAAGGAAGAAGGGUGAGUUGCCCCUAGAACGAAGUGGCACCCCAUUGGCUGCUGCCAUGCUGGGGGGCCUGGGUGGUGCAGGUGAGGUGGACACGGACGACGACGAGGAAGGAGCGAGCGAGCGGGAGUUUGAUGAUCCCCUGUGCACUCUGGUUAAGAACUGCAACAUGCUGCACAACUUAGUGGGGCCCGCUUGUAUCUUCCUCAGACAGGGCUUCGCACAGAGCCAGCUUGACAGAGAUCUACGACCAGAGGAAAUGGAAGAGCUGCGUGAGGCAUUCAGGGAGUUUGACAAAGACAAGGAUGGCUUCAUCAGCUGUAAGGACCUGGGCGAGUGCAUGAGGACUAUGGGAUACAUGCCAACAGAGAUGGAGCUGAUAGAACUCAGCCAGCAGAUCUGUGGCGGCCGAGUGGACUUUGAAGACUUUGUGGAGCUGAUGGGUCCCAAGAUGCUCGCUGAGACUGCCGACAUGAUAGGAGUCAAGGAGCUGAGGGAUGCCUUCAAAGAGUUUGACUCUGAUGGCGAUGGUCAAAUCAGCCUCGGGGAACUGAGGGAAGCCAUGAAGAAGCUAAUGGGGGAGCAGCUCAACCACCGCGAGAUCGACGAGAUCCUGCGAGACGUAGACCUCAAUGGGGACGGAGAGGUGGACUUUGAAGAGUUUGUGCGAAUGAUGUCUCGCUGACUCUUCGCCAAACCUCACUCUACUGCACCAAACACAUGAUGGACCAGACAGCACACUGUUAAUGUUCUUGUAAGUCUUCCUGAUGUACAGAAGAUUCUUGGUGUCUGUAUUUUUUUCAGUAACUUCCAUCAUCUCUCAAGUAUAAGAGAAUCCCUUCAAUGUGUCACUGUUGUUUGAAUGUAACAUAUAAUGACAUUUUAUAUAGUGAUGACUGAGAUGGUUUAACCAAAGCUGUGGUCUCUUAAGUGAAUGUGAAUAUAUUUCAACUGAGAAUCACAUACCAGCAACACUAAACACACAUGCACACACUCUCUCUCUCACUCUCACUCAUAGUUUACAGUACAUUACAUAGGUAACUUAUGUGGUCAGUUCACGCAAAUUAGAAAAAUACGUUUUCUCACAUACCCCAAGUAGUAUCUUGUCAACCAGGGGAGUUGGGUUCGGAUUACGAUUGACACUAACACUAAUGAAGGUUCAUAUUUCUCAUUUUUAUUUUUUUUACAUAAUUUGGGUGAGCUGAUGCUUUAAAAUCACAGUUUACUAUGUUAACUGACUUGAAUCUGAAGUUAUUAUAACAGUUUGAAUAAUGCCACAUCUAAAAUCUUCAAUUCAAACUUGAAUUUAACUGUUCAGACUGUGACUGUGACUGAUAUUUUUUGUAGUGUAGAUAGCCAAAGUGAAUACUUUGUUAAUAAUAGAACAAGUAAAUUAAAUUAUAUAUACAUCUUUAUUGUACAAACUACCACAUAAAUUCAUUACAUAUCAAUUACUUUUAGUAUUAUCUUCAGAUGUGCACUUUUGAUAUUAUUCAACCAAUAGAGGCAAAUAAAAUUUCAAGUAUAUUUUUGAUAAAGAUUUGGUGUCUGCUACACAUCUGUGCAUGUUUAUGUGUAUACCUCUGUUUCCCUGUUCAGGUGGAAAAUUAACUGACAAACCAUCUCAUUACAUGUGUAUUUUAUGCAAUCGUAUAUAUACAUGCUUUAUACAAUGUUCAAAAAAAUGCAUUGUAAAUAAAAAAGUGAAUUGGA